AUGAAAACUCGACGUCAUACUACUGAUGCUCGUAUAUCUUCAUCACGUAAUGAAGAUAUUAAUACAAUUCCAACAACUUCAUCUGAUCAACAAUCAACUGAAACAGGGUGAAAUGCUGAUAAAUUAGACACAAGAGAAGAAAUAUCUCCAAGUGAUUCAGGAUAUUGUCCUCAUUGCUAUCCACUAUUUUCUGCUAUUCAUUGUGCAGCUGUAUUAUGGCUUGGUUAUUCAUUAAAUAUUGUUUUACAAUUAUUAUUUAUACCAUUUUUAUAUUCUAGUGUUGAUUCUAAAUACAACGUCCUAGUUUUUCUAGCAUGUGAUUUUAUAUUACCUGGUAUUAUAUCAUUUUCAUCUCAUUAUUUUUGGUUUAUUAUAGAAUUUGGUUUUCAUUGUUAUACAACUAAUGAAACAAAAGAAGAAAAAUUAAGUGAAAAAACAAUGAAUAAAAAUGAUGAUAAAAACAAUAUUGAUGCUUCGUCAUAUUUUCCAGAAAAAAAACAUAUUUACCGAUGUUUUAUUACAGUUGUAAUUAUUCUUCAUGUUAUGUUGAUAUCAUUAAAUCAUAUUUUGGCACAUUUCUUUCAUCAACGUAAUUUGUUACUUAUCAAUAUUUUAAACAUAAUACCUAUUCUUCUUUGGGUACCACCAGUUUUUAAUCAACAAACAAAUCAAUGGAUUCUAAAUAUUCAAAUGUCUUUAGUUGGAUUUUUAAUAAUUUUGAUGCAUUUCAUAUCAUCAGUCGGCGUUGUGAUUUUAUUGCUUCUUAAUUCAUUAAGUAAUCGGAUGGCAGCAUUGUUUUUACUUGUUGUACUGGCUUAUACAGUUGCAUUAAUACAUUAUUAUAGACAGCAUUGGAUAAAAUAUUCAUCAUUAUCAGUGGCUUUAAAAAAGUGGAUCAAGAGUCAUGAAUCGACUGGUAUUUAUUUGCAAGCAUUUUCAAUAGUGUUUAUUUUACUUUCUGUAAUUGGAUUUUUGGGAUUUAGUUUUGCUUGCUCUAUCUAUGUAGAAACUGUGCACGAUAAAACUAAUUCAACAUUGUAUCCAAUAAAAUUAUCUGGUAGCUUUGAGAAAUUCAGUAAUGAUAAAGAGCAACACUAUAAAAUGCAAGCUUGUUAUUGGAAAUUUAAUAACUUUGAUAUACAAGAUAUGACGCUCUUUGCUGCAUUAGCUUAUGUACCGAAAGCAGAAUUAAAAUCCGAAAUAAAACAUUUUUAUCCAAAUGAUUCUGUCGUCUUUGUUGAUCAAUUUCAGAACUAUAAAGAAUAUGGUCAUGGUGAAAUAACCUAUUACACUUUGGAUACAUCCGAAGCAGUUAUUGUUGUUAUACGCGGUACAACAUUAUCCUACGAAUGGCUCGUUGAUUUUGAUAUAUGGACUGAAUCAACAAUAAAUCAAAUGAUUUCAAUUCUAUUUCCAUGGUCAAGAUUAUAUCCACGAGGUGUUCAUAAAAUAAUUGUCGAAAAAAUGUCAUUAUUAGAAAAUUUCUUUAGUGAUAAAUUGACUCAAUCAUCAAAACGUUUUUAUGUUAAACAAAUGAUAAAACUGUUACGAGAGAUAAACGUUAAAUUUAAAAAUAAGCCAUUGAUAUUAGUUGGACAUUCACUUGGUGGUGGAUUAGCACAAUUAGCUGGUAUUGCCAUGAAUAACACAGUAGCUGUUGUAUCUAUUAGUGGACCAGGUAUAUCAAAUUCCCGUGCCAAAUAUAGUGAAACGAAGGAUAUCCUAAUGGAGACAAUCAAUGAGCGUGUAUUUAACAUAAUAAAUGAUCGUGAUUUAGUUCCAUGGACCGAUCCACAGGUUUUAAAACAUGAUGGUUUAUUGUUAAAUCAAUGUUCAGGUGAAGUUACAACGUAG